CAGGGCCCAGCGAGCUCACCAACGCAGCGAAGCAGCUGGGGCGCCAAGUCAAGGAUGUCGAGCCGCUGCUGAGCCAGCUCAGCAUCAGGACCUCCCAGAGCCAGGUGCACCUCAUCGCCAAGCCCAGCGCCUUGAAUGUGCCGCCCUGGCACAUGGUGAGCUCCCUCCUGCAGGUGCCGCUCCGAACCGCCACCUGGUGGGCGCACCCGCAGAUCAACUCCACGAAGAAGGCCUUUCAGCCAGGGUGCUGGCACAGCGAACUGAAGCCCCCGCUGGAGGUCCAGGUGGCUUUGAGCGGGCAAUGGGCGGGCAAGACCUUCAGCUUCAGAGGCCUUGCCUCUCCGGAUGCCAACCAUGCCAAGAUGGCGCACAGCAUGGACGGCUCCAACCUGGCCGUCUUGGCUGACAUGAACCAGCAGGGCAUGCUCAGCGACGAUGGCUCCAAGGAAGGUUGCAGCACUUCUCAGAACGGCCGCGGCGGGCUGUUCUUCGUCCUCCAAGACAGCACGCUGCAUGAUGGCCUUGCAAAGCUGCUCACGGGUGACACGGCCGACUACGCCGGAGGGUCGCCAUCUCCUUCGCCAUCUCCCUCGCCAUCUCCCUCGCCAUCUCCCUCGCCAUCUCCCUCGCCGUCACCGACGGGGUGCGGCGGCGCCGGCGUGAAGUGGAACACGUGCAAAGCGUCGGGCUGCAAGUACGUGAAGAAGGAGAACGCGGAGGCGUGCGGCGUGCCAGGCUAUGGCUGUUUCCCUGAGAAGUCUCUGAAGGCAGGAUGCCCGGAGAGCCUAGAAGAAAUCCACAAGUGAGCACCAGCGGCAGCUUUUUUUGCAUUGACCCAAUUGGGGUCAAUGCUGGAAGGGGACUGGGGCACACAGGUUGCACAUGCCA